AUGUAUCUAGUGAUGGUUAAAAAAGAUCAGUGGCACGACGUUGUGCAUUACGCAGCAAGGGCUCUAGAAAAGCUUAUUAAUAAAUGUUAUUUUACACAUAAAGAUCUCGUGCUGGAAUGGGAACCUGUAUAUGACUUAUAUUAUGGAGCUGCAUAUGGAAAACUGGAGGACGUUGACGGGGGAAGAAUUCGGACAGCAACUUUCAGACUGAAGCGAUUCUACAGGCCGUCUGAGUCUCCAAAGAUUUGGGAAAAGGAUCACAGGAAGUAUGGCGCAGCCCUGUGGUUCCAAACAAUGUGGAAGAUGUAUGAAGUUGUAGAAAUGGGAAAGAAAUGGGGUGAUGACCUGCCAAACUUCUUCGCCACGUUGAUCUACCACAACCCGGAUUUUAUGGAUUGGGGACCUCUUUACGACACCAUAUUCACACGCAUCAUUCGUGCAAUGGGGCUUUGUGUCAGAGAAGGAAAAAUAACAGUCGGUGACGGCUCAGGUUCCUCCAGUCUCGAUGGCUUUGCUCGAUUCGUGUCCUCUACUAUCGGUGGGCCAUGCAGCUGUCAAAAACAACUUGAGAAAAUGAUGAGGACAAUAGAACCAUUUUUGCAUCCAGCAAAUGAAGGAGAUCACACGGCUCUCGUGCUCAGCUUCCUUCAGUACCUCAUUCGGGAGUUCCUUGGUCGGUACGAAGACGAGAGAAUAAAGAAGAUUAAGAGAAAAGUCGGUUUUUCUGAGAUUCAUCCGAAGGAAAGCAUGCACUUUACAUCAACAACUUUAGAUACAGACGUUAGACUAUUUGUGGACACACUACUCCAGUCGAUUCUUUACUCACUCUAUUCAAAAGAUGGGAAAAGUUAUGACCUACCUGCAAAACUUCUUAUGAUGCUUGGGACCCUGGAGCCUGGACACGUGUUCCCCCGUUUCUUAGACAACGUCUAUCCAGCUGUGUUCGCUGUGUGUGAACCACAUCGUUUGACGCAAACCCUUGACUGCAUGUUUCGAACUGGUGUUCAUCAUCGCCAGCGACGAGAAACAGGGAAUCGAACGGCGAAAGAUGGAGAAGGACUGGGUAGCAGAAAUGGAAAAGUGCCGUUCACCGGACUCUCCAAUUGCGCGAUAUUCAUUACAAAAAGCAAGUGGGACCUGAAGAGCAACUUCACGACGUUCCGAUUCCACCUUUUCUAUUUUCUUGAAAUUCUCAUAGCAGGAAUUGAUAUCAAUGACGUAUCAAAGGCUAACAUCUCAAUUCAUAACCUGACCUUAAUAUUUUAUAUAAUGCCCAUACUCGAUUACUCGGAAUGCGUUAAGCACCACAAGGAUCUCACACCCGACGAGAAGUCGCUUUGUUUGCUAUCGGCCAGAUUGCCGGUGUUGGCCGAGAUGGCUUUGGAUCGGUACGCUGAUUUCAAAGGAUUGAAUUUGUUCACUGAACCUUUAUUGAUAUUCAGAAUGCUGGGAGUAAUCCAGUGUCUUGCCGUCACGGCUCCCAAAGACUCCUCGUCUGCACUGGGAAAUUUCAAGGACGAGUCGACAAAAGAGAGUGAGGAGGAAAGAGUGUUGAAAAAAGGAAUCGAUAGAUGUGUAACUGCGUUGUUCACAAAUACCAAAUAUGCAAUCACA